GGGAGGGAGGCUGGAGGACGCCGGGGGGUUGCGGCUGAGAGGGUCUGCAGCUCCGGGGCCUGGCCGCCGGUCGCGGGGAGCAGGGCGGGCACCCGGGAGCCGGUGGCUUUGGCUUGACCGGUGGCUGGCUCUAGGAGCGCCCGGGCCUCUUGGAAUCAGGAAUCCGAGCUGCUGAGGGCAGACGGAGAGCGAGGGCAGGGUUGGCUUCCAGACCGCCUCCCGCCCCCACGGGAAUCGGCAGAUCUUUAAAAUAAACAGCUUUAUACUGGAACUACAGGGGGAUUUGCCCAACGCUGGGGGAGGCGCCCCUCGGUCGGCCCGCGACGCGAAGGUUUUCUUUGUAGGUUAUUUGUGGGGUUGGGGGCAAGCUAGGGUAGGAGCGAGACCCUUGAGUCUCUCCCUUCCCCUCUGACGCCCCCCAAAUUCCCCGCGCCAGGCCACGUCCUCGGGCCGCAGGAUUCCCAGGCCAGGGCGCUGGAAAAUGAAACCAAAGCUUGUUUUGAAGGAUUCUUUCCAGUCCUCGGGCGAGAAUGCCACGUCUCGGCUCUUCGGACUUAGGCUCUGCGACUCACAGUGGCCCGAGGGGGGUGGCACGAGGGGGCGAUGAGUCUCUUUAAAAAUAAUAAACCCGCUUAGCACCCUCUUUCAUGAAAAAACUACUAAUUCCGAGGCUCGGGGCGAGCUCAGGGGAACCAAACUCAGAAAAGGGAGACAAGGGCUCCCAAAGGUUAAGUAUUAAACUUUCCAGAUAAGAUAGUUACAUAGUGUUUAGGGAGACAUUUCGAACUGCUCGUGGAAAGGUUUCACUGUUUGAAACCCCGGAGCAUGUGACGCCCAGGAAUCCAACACACUUCGGAGGUUUGUAUUGACGCGCUCGGGGCGCGGCCGAGGGGCCUUCCCCAGUUUCGGGAGCACCCGUGAGCUGCCGAGGCAGAGUCUGGGCUGGGGCGUAGCGCGCCACCGGCCACCUUUUGAGCCGUUGCCCGUGAGCCCGAUGCCGCCGAAGGAAGGAGCAUGGAAUUUAACUUUUUAUGGAAAAGGGGCUACUCCCGAUUUCAUUUCUGGCCACCACAUCGGCAGCCCCCGACCCCGAACGGCAUAGACGACUUUCUGAACUUGUUUCUUUUUUCCCCUCCUUUUUCUUUUUUCCCCUUCUGUUUCUUCCGCGGCCCGUCUCCUCUCCCCGCCAAGACGCCUUGUGCGCCGCCUCGCGCAGCUCCGCCUGGCCGCCCGGAGGGGCUCCACCACCGGCCGUCUGUGCGCCUCGGGCCGCAGGCCCGCCGCCGAGCGCAAGACCCGCUGGCCGCCGCCGCCAUGCACGCCGCGGAGCCCCCGCCGCCCGAGGACUCUGGGACUACGUCGAGGCCGAACUUUUAGGUCCCACUGAACUAGGCCCGCGGGCCGGGUGGGGGGCUGGCCGCGGCACUCCCGCGGAGGAUGGAUGGCCGAGACUUCGGGCCCCCGCGGUCUGUGCACGGCCCCCCGCCGCCGCUGCUGUCCGGCCUGGCCAUGGACAGUCACCGCGUGGGCGCCGCCACGGCCGGACGCUUGCCCGCUUCAGGCUUGCCCGGCGCGCUGCCGCCCGGGAAGUACAUGGCCGGCCUCAACCUCCACCCGCACCCGGGCGAGGCCUUCUUGGGCAGCUUUGUGGCCAGCGGGAUGGGGCCCUCGGCCUCAUCCCAUGGGAGCCCGGUGCCCCUGCCCUCUGACCUCUCCUUCCGCUCCCCCACCCCCAGCAACCUGCCCAUGGUGCAGCUGUGGGCUGCCCAUGCCCACGAAGGCUUCUCCCACCUGCCCAGCGGGCUGUACCCAUCCUACCUCCACCUGAACCACCUGGAGCCCCCCAGCAGCGGGAGCCCCCUCCUCAGCCAGCUGGGCCAGCCCAGCAUUUUCGAUACCCAGAAAGACGGCUUCUACCUGCCCGCCCCUGGAGCUCCGGGUGCCCUGCACUCCCAUGCGCCCUCCUCCAGGACCCCAGGCGGCCACUCGUCGGGCGCCUCGACCAAAGGCUCUUCUCGGGAAGGUCCAGCCAAGGACCGGAUGGGCCGCGGCGGGGAGCCGCCCCCACUGUUCGGCAAGAAGGACCCGCGGGCCCGCGAAGAGGCAGCGGGGCCCCGCGGCGUGGUGGACCUGACCCAAGAGGCGCGGGCGGAGGGCCGCCAGGACCGCGGGCCCCCGCGCCUCCCGGAGCGCCUGUCGCCCUUCCUGGCCGAGCCCGGGCCCCCGCGGGCACCGGGCACGGCCACCACCGAGUCCAAGGGCAAGAACCCGCCGCCGCUGCCACCACCGGCGCUGAGCCUCUGCAAUGGCGCGGGGGACGCGGGUCUCCCCGCACUGGUGGCCGAGGCGGCCCGCGGCUCUAAGGAGACUGCGCGCCAGGACGAGAGCGCACGGCUGCGGCGCGCAGAGGCCCUGCUGCCGGGGCCUUGCCCCUGCCCCUCGCCGCUCCCGCCGCCGCCCGUAAGCAAGGGCCCGCCUGCGCCCCCCGCCGCCUCCGGGGCCUUCGCCGCACCGCAGCCCGCCCCCGCCGGCGUCUACACCAUCUUCCCCGUGGCGGCCGCGCGUGAGGCGGGCCGUGAGCACCGUGUGGUGGCGCCCACCUUCGUGCCUUCCGUGGAGGCCUUUGACGAGCGCCCAGGGCCCAUCCAGAUCGCGUCGCAGGCGCGUGACGCCCGGACCCGGGAGCGCGAGGCGGGCAGGCCCGGCGUCCUGCAGGCCCCACCCGGCUCUCCAAGGCUGCCUCCGGACCGACCCGAGAGCCUCCGCGAGAAGAGCUCCGUGAUCCGCUCGCUCAAGCGGCCGCCGCCCGCCGAGGCCCCACCGGCGCGGGCCGCGCGCUCCUCCCCGGACCCCCGGGCCUACCUCCCCGCCAAGGAGCUGCUCAAGCCCGAGGCCGAGCCCCGGCCGUGCGAGCGCGCCCCGCGCGGCCCCGCUGUCGCCUCCGCCUCCCAGCAGGCAGCCAAGCUUUUCGGCCUAGAGCCAGGGCGGCCGCCCCCGCCCGCCGGCCCUGAGCACAAAUGGAAACCCUUCGAGCUGGGCAACUUCGCCACGACGCAGAUGGCCGUGCUGGCCGCGCAGCACCACCACGCCAGCCGUGCCGAGGAGGAGGCUGCCGCUGCCGCCGCCUCCAAGAAGGCCUACCUGGACCCCGGGGGCGCGUUGCCCCGCGCCGGGGCCACCUGCGCCAGGCCGGGCGCCGACCUGCACGCCGCGGCCCACGGGCCGGGAGAGGCCUCGGCCAUGCAGAGCCUCAUCAAAUACAGCGGCAGCUUUGCCCGUGAGGCCGUGGCCGUGCGUCCCGGCGGCUGUGGGAAGAAGAGCCCCUUCGGAGGCCUGGGCACCAUGAAGCCCGAGCCCGCUCCCACCGCUGCCCCACGCGCCCAGGCCCGCCUCCCGCACCCCGCGGGCCCUGCAGCGGCUGGGGGCCGGCAGCUGAAGCGGGACCCGGAGAGGCCCGAGAGCGCCAAGGCCUUCGGACGCGAGGGCUCCGGUGCCCAGGGUGAGGCAGAGGUGCGACACCCACCCGUGGGCAUUGCGGUGGCCGUGGCCCGGCAGAAGGACAGUGGCAGUGGCCGGCUGGUGCCUGGGCUGGCGGACCAGGAGCGUUCCCUGUCUCUGAGCAACGUCAAAGGGCACAGCCGAGCCGACGAGGACUGUGGAGAUGAGCGGGCCAGGCACCGGGAGGAGCGGCUGCUUGGGGCGCGGCUGGACCGGGACCAGGAGAAGCUGCUCAGAGAAAGUAAGGAGCUGGCUGACCUGGCCCGCCUGCACCCCACCAGCUGUGCUGCUAACGGCCUGAACCCCAACCUCAUGGUGACCGGGGGCCCGGCGCUGGCAGGUUCCGGUCGCUGGUCCGCUGACCCUGCGGCCCACCUGGCCACGCACCCCUGGCUGCCCCGCUCGGGCAGCACGUCCAUGUGGCUCACUGGACACCCCUACGGCUUGGGCCCCCCUUCUCUUCACCAGGGCAUGGCGCCUGCCUUUCCACCCGGCCUGGGGGGCUCCCUGCCGUCGGCCUACCAGUUCGUCAGGGACCCCCAGUCGGGCCAGCUGGUGGUCAUUCCCAGUGAGCACUUGCCUCACUUUGCGGAGCUGAUGGAGCGGGCCGCGGUGCCACCCCUUUGGCCGGCCCUGUACCCACCAGGCCGCAGCUCCCUGCACCACGCCCAGCAGCUGCAGCUCUUCUCCCAGCAGCACUUCCUGCGGCAGCAGGAAUUCCUGUACCUGCAGCAGCAGGCGGCCCAGGCCCUGGAACUGCAGAGGAGCGCCCAGCUGGUGCAGGAGCGGCUAAAGGCCCAGGAGCAGCGGGCGGAGAUGGAGGAGAAGGUGAGCAAGCGGAGCCUGGACGCCGCGGGCAAGGGUGGCCUGGGCGCCUCGGGCCCCGGGCUGCUGCCUCGGAAGCCCCCUGGCCUGGCCGCUGGCCCUGCGGGCACUUACGGCAAGGCCAUGAGUCCACCGCCAUCUCCCCGUGCUUCCCCUGUGGCUGCCCUGAAGGCCAAGGUCAUCCAGAAGCUGGAGGACGUGUCCAAGCCGUCCACCUACGCCUACCCCGCCACGCCCAGCUCCCACCCCACUAGCCCGCCGCCUGCCUCCCCGCCGCCCACCCCUGGCAUCAACCGCAAGGAGGAGGCCCCCGAGAACGUCGUCGAGAAGAAGGACUUAGAAUUGGAGAAGGGAGCCCCCAGCCCUUUCCAGGCCUUGUUCUCAGAUAUCCCACCCAGGUACCCGUUUCAAGCCCUGCCGCCACACUACGGGAGGCCCUACCCAUUCCUGCUGCAGCCCACGGCGGCUGCCGAUGCCGACGGCCUGGCCCCCGACGUGCCGCUCCCGGCCGAUGGGCCCGAGCACCUGGCGCUCUCGCCUGAGGACAAGCCCAUCCGCCUGUCCCCGUCCAAGGUCCCAGAGCCGCUGAGGGAGGUCCCGGACGGAGAACCACUGGCGGAGCGGGAGGUGAAGGCGGAGGUGGAAGACAUGGACGAAGGCCCCGCAGAGCUGCCCUCCCUCGAGUCGCCACUGACGCUGCUCCCCGAGGAAGCCCUGGCGGCCCCGAGCCCGGCGGGCGGCUGCGCGGGUGGCCUGCUGGAGGCCCAGGCCCAGGCGCUGAGUGCUGGCGGCCAGGGGCCUGCGGAGCCCUCCGGGUGCCCGGACUUUGCCGAGGGGGCUGAGGCGCGGGUUGAUUCACCGCGCCGGACAGAGUCCUGCACGGCUGCCCCGGACCUGGGGGCGCGGCUGACGCCUGAGCCGUUGGUUAAGGCUAAGGAGGAGCCAGUGGAGGUGCCCGUGGACGUGCCCGUGGCAGAGGCAGCUCCCGAGGAAGAUCUGGCCCAGGAGGCCCCGAGUGAGCCCCGGCCCAGCCUGGAACUGCCGGACUGUGACGUGCCCCCUGGGGAGGGACAGUGCCUGAGUCUGGAGGCCCCGGAGGCCACCCCUGUGCCGGGCAGCGCCUGCUUCCUGGAGGAAGCGGGCUCCGAUCAGUUCCCGCCCAGCCUGGAGGACCCGCUGGCUGGCAUGAAUGCCCUAGCAGCCGCGGCAGAGCUGCCCCAGGCCAGGCCUCUGCCCUCCCCGGGCGCUGGAGCCCCAGCCCUGGAGAGGCUGGAGGCAGUGCAGAGCCUCGUCUUGGAGCCAAGCUUCCUGCAUGGCAUCACCCUGCUGAGCGAGAUCGCCGAGCUGGAGCUCGAGAAGAGGAGCCAGGAGGUGGCAGGUGUGGAGCGGGGCCCCGUGGUGCGGCCCUCUCUGGAGAGCCUGCUGGCGGCCAGCAGUCACAUGCUGAAGGAGGUGUUGGACGGCCCCUUCGUGGACCCGCUGAAGAACCUGCGGCUUCCACGGGAGCUGAACCCCAAUAAGAAGUACAGCUGGAUGCAGAAGAAGGACGAGCGGAUGUACGCCAUGAAGUCCUCCCUGGAGAGCAUGGACGCCAUGGAGCUGGACUUCCGGAUGCGGCUGGCGGAGGUGCAGCGCCAGUACAAGGAGAAGCAGCGCGAGCUGGUGAAGCUGCAGAGGCGCCGCGAUUCCGAGGACAGGCGCGAGGAACCCCAUAGAAGCUUGGCACGCAGAGGCCCUGGCAGGCCGCGGAAACGGACCCACGCCCUGAGCGCCCUGUCGCCCCCCCGCAAGAGAGGGAAGAGCCGCAUCCGUAGCGGAAAGCUGAGCGGCAAGCCCCUGCUGACCUCGGACGACUGUGAGCUGGGAGCAGGGUUGAGGAAGAGACACAAGGGGCCUGAGGAGGACCACGAUGCCCUUGGCGGGACCGGGAAAGCCAGGGGGAGGAGCCAGCCUUGGGACGAGCACGAAGCCUCUUCAGACUUCAUGAGUCAGCUAAAGAUUAAGAAAAAGAAGAUGGCCAGCGACCAAGAGCAGUUGGCAAGCAAGCUGGACAAAGCCCUCUCCCUCACAAAGCAGGACAAGUUGAAGUCGCCCUUCAAGUUCUCGGACACUUCUGGGGGGAAAUCAAAGACGAGUGGGGUGUGCGGCAGGUACUUGACGCCCUACGACAGCCUGCUGGGCAAGGACAGGAAGGCGCUGGCCAAAGGCCUCAGCCUGUCUCUGAAAGCCUCCCGAGAAGGUAAACACAAAAGGGCCGCCAAAGCCAGGAAGAUGGAGGUGGGGUUCAAGGCCAGAGGCCAGCCCAAGUCGGCCCACUCCCCGUUCGCCUCGGAAGUGAGCAGCUACUCCUACAAUACGGACUCAGAGGAAGAGGAGGAAUUCCUGAAGGACGAGUGGGCUGCCCAAGGCCCCUCCAGCUCCAGACUGACAUCUUCCAUCCUUUGCGGCAUGGUGGCGAAGAGCAGCAAGCCGGCCGGCGGCCCCAAGCUGACCGAGAGGGGCCUGGCGGCCGCCCGGACUCUGAAGCCCAAGCCGGCCGCCGGCAGGAAGCAGCCGUUUUGUUUGCUGCUUCAAGAGGUCGAGGCCCGUUCCUCCUUCAGCGAUUCCUCGGAGGACUCGUUUGACCAAGAUGAGAGCUCCGAGGACGAGGACGAAGACGAGGAGGACGGGCUGGACGAGGAGGAGGUCGAGGCCGCCGGAGGCUGUAGGCUGGGGGCCCGGGAGCGGGCGCUGUCGCCAGGCCUGGAGGAGAGCGGGCUGGGCCUGCUGGCCCGCUUUGCAGCCAGCGCCCUCCCCAGCCCCACCGUGGGCCCGUCCCUGUCAGUGGUGCAGCUGGAGGCCAAGCAGAAGGCCCGCAAGAAGGAGGAGCGGCAGAGCCUGAUGGGCACGGAGUUCGAGUACACCGACUCGGAGAGCGAGGUCAAGGUGCGGAAGCGGUCGCCUGCUGGGCUGCUGCGGCCCAAGAAGGGGCUGGGGGAGCCAGGUCCUGCCCUGGCUGCGCCCGGCACCCGGGGCCCCGGCAGCCCCGACAAGGCCAAGCUGGCGGCCGAGAAGGGGCGCAAGGCCCGCAAGCCGCGGGGCCCCAAGGAGCCUGGCCUGGAGGCGGGGCCCGAGGCCAGCGACGACGACCUGUGGACGCGGCGGCGCAGCGAGCGCAUCUUCUUGCAUGACGCGUCGGCCGUGCCCGCGCCCAGCAGCGUUGCGCCUGCUGCCACCAAGCCCGGCCGCUGCGGCAAGGCUGGCCCGCCCAGCCCACGCAAGGACGCCGGCCGCGCGAAGGACAGGAAGGACCCCAGGAAGAAGAAGAAGGGGAAGGAGGCCGCAUCGGGAGCCUCGCUGCCCCCUCCCCGUGUUCCUGCCCUGCCCCCCGAGGCCCGGGCCCCUCACACCAGCUCUCCGGCCGCUGCCAAGAGGAACAAGGCCAAAGCCAAAGGGAAGGAGGUGAAGAAGGAGAACCGGGGGAAGGGGGGAGCCGUGAGCAAGCUGAUGGAGAGCAUGGCUGCCGAGGAGGACUUUGAGCCCAACCAGGACUCGAGCUUCUCUGAGGAUGAGCACCUGCCCCGAGGCGGGGCUGUGGAGAGGCCACUAACUCCCGCCCCUCGCUCCUGCAUCAUCGACAAGGAUGAGCUGAAGGAUGGCCUGCGUGUGCUGAUCCCCAUGGAUGACAAGCUGCUGUACGCGGGGCACGUGCAGACGGUGCACUCGCCGGACAUAUACCGUGUGGUGGUGGAGGGCGAGCGCGGGAACCGGCCCCACAUCUACUGUCUGGAGCAGCUGCUGCAGGAGGCGAUCAUUGACGUGAGGCCGGCCUCCACUCGCUUCUUGCCGCAAGGGACCAGGAUCGCAGCCUACUGGAGCCAGCAGUACCGCUGCCUCUACCCGGGCACCGUGGUCCGAGGCUUGCUGGGCCUUGAGGACGACGGGGACCUGAUCACCGUGGAGUUCGAUGACGGAGACACCGGCAGGAUCCCCCUCUCGCACAUCCGCCUCCUGCCCCCCGACUACAAGAUCCAGUGUGCUGAGCCAUCCCCCGCCCUCCUGGUGCCUAGCGCCAAGCGCCGCAGCCGGAAGACCAGCAAAGACACCGGGGAGAGCAAAGACGGGGCCGCGCCAGGGUCCGAGGAGCCCGGCGCCAAGGCCCGGGGGCGCGGGCGGAAGCCCAGCACCAAAGCCAAGAGCGACAGAGCUGCCGUCCUGGAGGAGGGGGGCUCGACGGAUGAGGUCCCCAGUACCCCGUUGGCCCUGGAGCCCAUCAGCACCCCAGGUUCCAAGAAGAGUCCCCCAGAAUCUGUGGACAAGCGGGCCAAGGCCCCCAAGGCUCGCCCAGCUCCCCGACAGCCCAGCCCAGCGCCGUCCGCCUUCACCAGCUGCCCGGCACCCGAGCCCUUUGGGGAGCUGCCGGCCCCCGCCGCGGCCCUGGCCCCCACCGCCCUCGUCGCCAUGCCCAUCACCAUGCCCGCCACGCGCCCCAAGCCCAAGAAGGCCCGGGUUGCUGAGGAGUCGGCCCCCAAGGGCGCCCGGAGGCCCGGGGAAGAGGCCGAGCUGCUCGUCAAGCUGGACCGUGAGGGCGUGACGUCACCCAAAAGCAAGAAGGCCAAAGAGGCCCUGCUUCUGCGGGAGGACGCUGGCGCGGGGGGCUGGCAGGAGCCCAAGGGCCUGCUGGGCCUGGGCAGCUACCCUCCGGGGGCCGGCGGCAGCGAGCCCAAGGCGGCCCGGCCCAAGGCGGGGGACGGCGACCUGGCCCAGGAGCCUGGGGCCGCGCUCACGUUCGAGGACUCGGGGAGCCCCAAGAGCCCGGACAAGGGCCAGGCCGAGCAGGACGGGGCCGAGGAGUCAGAGAGCGGCGGCAGCAGCAGCGGCGGCAGCAGCAGCGACAGCGGCAGCAGCAGCAGCAGCAGUUCUGAGACGGAGGGAGAGGAGGACGGCCAGGGCGGCGGCGGCCGGAACUGCAGCGCCUCCAGCUCGAGGGCCUCCUCGUCGUCCUCGUCCUCGUCCUCCUCGUCGUCCUCUUCGUCCUCCUCGUCCUCAUCGUCGUCCUCCUCGUCCUCGUCGUCCUCCUCGUCCUCUUCGUCCUCCUCCUCGUCUUCGUCGUCCUCCUCGUCGUCGUCCUCUUCGUCCUCGUCCUCUUCCACCACGGACGACUCUUCCUGCAGCUCAGACGACGAGGCCGCCCCUGUCCCGGCAGCCGGGCCCUCCGCCCCGCCGGCCCUCGCCAGCAAGGCGCCCAAGCAGGCGGCCAAGGCCCGCUCCUCGGCCCACUCUGCAGGCAAGAAGGCGCCGGCGCCCGCGCCCCAGGCCCCCCCGCCGCAGCCCCCGCAGCCUGUGCAGCCCAAGGCCCAGGCCGGGGCCAAGAGCCGGCCCAAGAAGAGGGAGGGCGUCCACCUCCCCACCACCAAGGAGCUGGCCAAGCGGCAGCGCCUGCCGUCGGUGGAGAACCGGCCCAAGAUCGCCGCCUUCCUGCCCGCCCGGCAGCUCUGGAAGUGGUUCGGCAAGCCCACGCAGCGCCGUGGCAUGAAGGGCAAGGCCCGCAAGCUCUUCUACAAGGCCAUCGUGCGCGGCAAGGAGAUGAUCCGCAUUGGGGACUGCGCCGUCUUCCUGUCGGCUGGCCGCCCCAACCUGCCCUACAUCGGCCGCAUCCAGAGCAUGUGGGAGUCGUGGGGCAGCAACAUGGUGGUCCGCGUCAAGUGGUUCUACCACCCCGAGGAGACCAGCCCGGGCAAGCGCCUCCACGAGGGCCAGCACUGGGACCAGAAGCCCGGCCGCAGCCUCCCCGCAGCCCUGCGAGCCUCCAGCCAGAGGAAGGACUUCAUGGAGCGCGCCCUGUACCAGUCCUCCCACGUGGACGAGAACGACGUGCAGACGGUGUCGCACAAGUGCCUGGUGGUGGGCCUGGAGCAGUACGAGCAGAUGCUCAAGACCAAGAAGUACCAGGACAGCGAGGGCCUGUACUACCUGGCGGGCACCUACGAGCCCACCACGGGCAUGAUCUUCUCUACCGAUGGCGUGCCUGUGCUCUGCUGAGCGCCCGGCCCGGCGGGGCCCUCCCCAUCACUGCCACGGCUCGGCGGCCUCGUGCGUUGGUUGCGUGCAUGCAAGUGUGCCCACGGACAGCCUGGCGCGUAAGUGUACAUGUGUGUGCCCGUAUGCAUGCACGUGUGUGCGCACAUGUGCACACGUCCAGACCCCCUUCCUGACUCCUCGGUGCCCCCCCGAGAGGGCUCCUCGCGAUCAGGGUAGGGCUCUGCCGGCCCCUCACGGGUCCCAGCACCUUGUAAGCGCUCAGCCAGGUCCCGGUGCCAACUGGGGAUUCGGUGGGAGGGGGUUUCCGACCAACCCACCUGAUGCUCGCUUGGGGGGGGGUCCUCCCAGUGCCUGGCCCCCUCGGCACGGAGCCCGCCCCGAGCCUCCCACCGUGGGAUGGGGGCGCUCCCAUGCCCCCCCAGCCUCAGCGACCAGGCCGGGCCUGUUCUGGGGUGCCUGCCUGGGGCCCGGCCUCCACCCUCUCAGGACGGCCUGGACUUGGGGAACAGAGCCAGGUGUGUGUGUGUGGGGGGGGGUGCCCAGGAGCACCGGCCAGGCACCAGGGGGAGGGGGCUGCGUGCCCCGAGGCCCCGGGAGGGCCCACCCCACUGGUCCAGACCCUCACACUACAGACAACCCCCAUGGUGCUGAAAUCCUCGUCCCGGCCAUACCCGGAGGGAGGCGGCAGUUCUUAACCUGUACAGUUUUAUUGUACCAAGAGACUCUCCCCUGUAUCAUACGCCUUCAAAUGGAGUCAACUUUUUAAUUAUAUAUAUAAAGAUAAAUAUAUAUAAAUAUAUAUAAAUAUAAACUUUUUAAAACUGUGAAAAAAAUAGCUAUGAAAUUAUAAAAAAAGCGAACACAUUCUGACGUGCAGAAUAUUAUUUUUUAUUUCCUGUUAGAUGAGCGUGUCUAGCACCCAGCUUCACGGGCCCCC